CCCUCGUUUCCCAUUCCCCACGGCCGAGCCGGGGGGUAGAGAGGAGGAGGAGGAGGAGGAGGAGGAGGAAGGGGGUCGGGAGAGGGAAGCUGCAACCUGCCCCCGUUUUUUCCCCCGUCGAGGGCCGGGAGCCGGCGGGGCUGGGGCAGGGCAGGGCAGGGCAGGGCAGGGCAGGGUGCCGCCUCGACGGGCGUCGGGAGGGGCGGGCGAGGACACGGCGGGGGGAGCUGGUCCAGGGGCCACCCCCAUCCCCGCGCGCGGAGGGAGGCGAUAGCCCCGAGCUCUCUCCUCCCCUCGGAGCGUCCCGGCUUCCCCGCCAUGUGAGACUCGUCCCCCCCGCCCGGCUCUGCCUCCCUCCUCCCUCCGCUCCGCACACCCGCUCCCGGCUCCCCCCGUGCUCGCCGCUCUCCGCCACCGAGCCGCGGGGCUGCGGCCGCCCGCUCCCUGCCUCCGACGGCCCGCGCUGCCUCUGCCUCGCAGGGCUGCCCGCAGAGACGCCGCCGGCCGCGGGUACCUGCGGCCCGCCUCGGGGCAGCGCCGGGACUCUGGCCGCCGCCGCGGCAUCCCGCCCCGACGUGGCUCCGCCGUGGUGCGGCGGCCCCCGCUGCUGCUGCUGCUGCUGCUGCUGCUGCUGCCGGCGCUGCCCCUCCCGCCCCGCCGACGCCGAGAGCGCCGCGCUCCCCGCCGCCCGUCCUGCGCCUCCCGGGGCCGGGGCCGGGGCCGCUCCGCCGGCGGCCCCGGGUGCGGCGGCGGCGGCGGCGGCGGCUCCUCCUCCUCCUCCGCCUCCUCCGCGGCCGCCGCCGCGGGGCCCUAAAGCCGCCCGGCUCAAGAGGAUGGUGCGGCUGGCGGCCGAGCUGCUGCUGCUGCUGGGGCUGCUGCUGCUCACCCUGCACAUCACCGUGCUGCGCGGCGGCGCCGAGCCCCCCGCCCCCGCGGGCAACCACAGCCAGCGGCAGAACACACUGACUGCAGAGGAGCUUUCUCCUGAAGACAGCCUCACCCUGAACCCCGAGGAGCAGCGGGAAUUCCCUGAUCUGCAGGCUGCCCACCGGCCAUUCCCCAAGGAGCAGUUCAGGCAGGAGAGCGGGCACACAUCCCUGCAGAGAGAUGGACCCAGGUCUUUCCUCCUGGACCUCCCAAACUUCCCUGACCUGUCAAAAGCAGAUAUCAAUGGGCAGAAUCCCAACAUUCAGGUCACCAUUGAAGUGGUGGAUGGCCCUGACACGGAGGCAGACAAGGAGAAGGAGAGCAGCAAGCCCGGCUGGGCAGCCCCAUCUCCCGACUGGAGGAGCUGGUGGCAGAGAUCCUCCACCCUGACCCGCAUGAGCAGCGGGGACCAGGACUACAAGUACGGCAGCACCACCGAGGACAGCAACUUCCUGAACCCCCUGCCUGGCUGGGAUGGCCAUGUCCCCAGCCACAGGACACUGGGCUCCAAGGAGCAGCCCGAGUACGAUUACGUGGACGGGGAGGGAGACUGGAGCCCCUGGUCCCUGUGCAGCGUCACCUGCGGCGGCGGCGGCACCCAGAAGCGCACGCGGUCCUGCGGCUACGCCUGCACGGCCACCGAGUCCCGCACCUGCGACCGGCCCCACUGCCCAGGGAUCGAGGACACCUUCAGGACAGCUGCCACCGAAGUGAGUUUGCUGGCUGGGAGUGAGGACUUCAACGCCACCAAGCUGUUUGAAGUUGACACUGACAGCUGCGAGAGGUGGAUGAGCUGCAAGAGCGAGUUCCUGAAGAAAUACAUGCACAAAGUGGUCAACGACCUGCCCAGCUGCCCCUGCUCCUACCCCAGAGAAGUUGCCUACAGCACGGCCGAGAUCUACGACCGGCCCAAGAGGAAGAGCUUCCGCUGGAAGGACGCCAGCGGCCCCAAGGAGAAGCUGGAGAUCUACAAGCCCACGGCCCGCUACUGCAUCCGCUCCAUGCUGUCCCUGGAGAGCACCACCCUGGCAGCCCAGCACUGCUGCUAUGAUGACAGCAUGCAGCUCAUCACCAGGGGCAAAGGGGCAGGCACGCCCAACCUGAUCAGCAUCGAGUUCUCGGCAGAGCUGCACUACAAAGUGGACAUCCUGCCCUGGAUCAUUUGCAAGGGGGACUGGAGCCGCUACAACGAAGCCCGGCCCCCCAACAACGGGCAGAAGUGUACAGAAAACCCCUCAGAUGAAGACUACUACAAGCAGUUUCAAGAAGCAAGGGAAUACUGAGAGGAUUUUUUUUCCUCUAGCAUUCGUUUCCUGGAUGCCAAAGAGCUGCUGGUGGCUGCUGCGCUGGCUCCUCCACAGGGGUCGAUCAGUUCCUUUCUAAUGAAUGUACAUAGUUGUAAGAUAACACAUAAGUAUUUUUCACAGUGUGUGUAAUUUAUAAACACAUAUCUCUCUGUCUCACACACACCUAUUUUUGCAUACAGACGUGCAUAAGUCUCGUCCUGAUAGGAUUUUGUACUGCAAUAACGUUCAUGUAAUAAUGUGCAUUUCAUUUUAUUUCCCAUCUGUAACAUAAUGAAGGGGGUGGGGGGUAGCUGCCAUCACCAUCAGGCCCCAAGGCCCCAGCUGAGGAGGCACAUAUUUAAAAGUUGUUAUAAACAAUAGGAUUGAAGAAUGUACUCUUCCAUAUGGGAAUGGUUUACAAGAUUAAUGCACCUACAGCAUCAGUUUUCUCUAUAAUUGGUUUCAUGACUGGUCAUAUCUAAGGAGGGAAGAUUUUUUUUUUCCAAGGGUGAUAGUCAAAAGUGAAUAUAGAAAAUCCCUUGCAAUUUUUCUCUUGCAAUUCUUCCUUUUACCUUCUAGCUCAGGUCUUUGCAGUCCAGCUGGGCCAGGCUUGCAGGAAGAUGUAGCUGAAAAUGUCCUGGUGCAGAGGUUCUGCAAGAAUUACAAACAGCCCCGUCCUGGAGAUUCUGACACAGAGCUGCAGCUGUUGGGGCUUACAUCUCCAGAGCAGCUACCUGUGAGCUGAGCAUGCUGCAGGUCUUUGGAGGAGUGAGGGCAGAGAAGGAAUCCAUGUCAAAGGACCAAAAAGGUAGCUCCUUCCCAGUUUUUAACAUUAAGAAUGUUUGGGUCUGCUUGCUUCUUUCUUUUAAGAGAAGGAAGAAGCUUACUAUUUUAGAGAACAUUAUUUUAGAAAAGUGGAAUCCACAAGUUCCCUGGAAUAAAAGAUGCAACCAGCCCUUUUCCCCCAUUUUUCUCAUGCUGAGUGCACAGUGUCCUACAGAAGUAGCUGUUCUUUAAGGGAAGCUUUCUGAGAGGAACUGCUGGUAUCUUAAAAUGUCUUAAUUUUUUAAAAAAGCUAGCAUUAUUUUUGUAAAGUAUUUAUUGAAUUGUAACAAUGAUUCACAUGUGGGAUAUAUCUUUAACAUGAAAGGCUUCUGUAGAUGGAACUCAAUUUCCAAGAACACAACUGUUGUUAGGCAAAGGUUUUAUUUCCAAAUUUUUAUAAAGUGCAAGUUUACAUGCAUAAUCCUGUCAUAAAGCAGCUCAUAUCUGCAUUCUGAUGAAAGACAAGAGUUACACCCUGGGUAAAUAAAUACUUACAGUUCCAUCCUGUGAAAGAGUGCCUUGCUGCAAGUCGGUGUGCUCAUUUGGAAGGCUAAAUGUCACUGGAGAAAUGAAUAUUUUGGGGUUAUGUGGUCUGACACACGCAUGUGGAACCUCACACUGUGGUAAAGCCAGCCAGCAUCAGUCAGUCUGAGCUCAAAGGUUCAACACAGACACAAAGGGCAGUUCCCUCUGCUCUAUACAGGCACACACAGAUGGUAUUUAAGGUGCCUUCUGUGGAAUCCUGUAAAUCUUUUCUGUGUCUCUGUCGGGAUUUUGAGUCUGGCUGAUCCUGAGCUCAGGGACAGACACAUGCAUGGACAGCAGCCCUGCUGGCCUGGGCAGGGCCAGGCUUGUGCUGGUGUGCCCAGCUGGUGCAAACCAGGGGUUCAGAGGCAGCCUGGGCUGUGCACACCCAGUCUCUGCAGGGCCCCAGCACUGUGCUCCAGGUCUCCAGAAACAGCAAUCUGGGCAGAACUGGUGCCUGGAAAGGCUGACCUGGAACAGAGACUAGACAGAGCAAAAGGAAUAAAAUAGGUAUUUAUUGAAAGGAUACACCUGGGGCAGUGCAAGAGCCUGGCUGGAGCUACACCCAAAUCAAAUCCAAGAUGGAUCCCAGUCACGAGUUUUACACUUUUGUAAGUUUUGGUUCAUCUACAUAUUGGGGUCAAUUGUCCAACCCCAGUCCCAGGCCAUGAAGUCUCAGCCCCCUGGCUUGCCCCCUUUCCUUCCCUGUUGUUUUUGCUUUUUGGGUACCAGUUGUCCUUGAUUCUGUAGCUGGGAAGGGAUGGUUCUGUCUGACUGCCCUGUGAAGAGAACUUACUGGCACCUAAUAUGGAGCUUCAGAGUUACACACUAAGCAGCAGAGAUUCUGAAAAAUAUAAAAGCUAAAACCCAAGGCUUCAUCUCCCCCCAAAAAAGCCACUGCACAUCUGCUCCAGCAAUUGCUCUGCUGAGGUCACCUCGGCAGCUGGAAAACUUGGCCAAGCCACCAGAGCAUCCCAGACCCAGACUUGAGCUGGUGGGGAAGACGUGGAUGUGUUCUAGCACAAGCUGGUAGUAACAAAACAUGGUUAGUUGAGCAAGAGGGUAAACAUGGGGAUCACCCCUUAUUUUUUAUAGAAACCAGAUUUUGUGAAUUCCUGCAAGGUCAUCCGAAGGCGCCACCAGCUCGUGGAGCCAGUUAAAUUGACAGCAGAUGGAUGAAAGGCACGGGGAGCUCCAGGAUCACUUCACAGGGAAGACAGGUAUUUUCAGGGAGAAAGCCCUGCUUCUUACUUAGCAAUGUGGGGGGGAGCAGCAUUCUCAGGUUUCUCUGGGAGAGAGAUGAGAGGGCUGCUGGUCACAAUUCUUGAAAUACAAAACACAUCCCUGCCCUUUGUGGGUUAGUAAAUCAUGGUGCUAUUGAGAAAUGCUACUACACUAUUAAUGCAGAACAUAGCACAUAAAGUGUCAGGGAGGAGGAAAAAUUAUUCUAAUAAAUGAAAUGACGCACAAAGUUUCAAGUCUUACCGCUCAUAAUUUGCCAAGCUGGAAACUCUGAGGGAGCCAAAUAACUUCUGAUAGGACCUACCAGGUGUUUCAUGGGAUGAGUCCUGGAGCACAGAUUGAGAUAGUCUGUUCUCCUAAGAAACAGUCCUUAUUAAAAUCAAAAUCUGUCCUGUUUCAUAAUAAAUUAUGAUCCAUUC